CAUCUCCUUCCAAUUCCUCUUUCAUCCUUCAUUUCGACCACCGACCAGACUCGAACGAGACGCUCAUAAUCAUAAUCAUACAGUAUAAAGCUGUAAAGCACUCUCGAUCGAUAUAAUACAAGGAACCACGAAGAGCUCUCGAGAAUGUCUUACGAUAUCAACCCGACAAACGGAUCCAAGGUCAUUGGUGCGGUCAUUAUCACCAGGCAUGGUGAUCGAAGCGGAUACUAUCAAGAUCCCAAAUCCUACGCCGCCUCGGACACCACGAUCACCCCGCUAGGCUCCGCUCAGACCUACCAAUCCGGCAUCCAAUUCCGCGAGAAAUACCUGGUCAACGACAGUUCGAGCGCCGUAGCCGGUGUCGAUUGGCCGUUGAUCAACUUGUCCGAGGUGGAUUUCAUGGCCGAUGCAUCGGAAGGCCAGGUCAUUGUCGACUCGGCGCUCUCUUUCGCUCAAGGGUUCUUCCCUGCCAAUCUGGCUGCCGGGACGGCGAUGUUGGCGAACGGCACUCCCAUCGCUUCACCGUUGGGAGGAUAUAUUUACGUUCCCGUCACCACCGUCGAAGCCGACGAAGAGAUCGCCCUUGAAGGCUUCACCUCCUGCCCAGCAUUCGUCACCCGAACCAACGAAGUCUACAAAUCCUCCGCCUUUCAAGCCAAGGCUGCCGAGCAAAAGGAAUACCUCGACUCGCUCGUCUCGUUGUUGGACGGGAGGGCGGUGACGUUGGAGAACAUGUACAACGUCUUCGAUUACAUGAACGUGCAGAACAUUCACAAUGCGACGUUUAGGGAUGUCGUGUCCGAUGGGGGCAAGUCGGAUUACAUCAUGAGAAACAGUCGAUACCUAGCCGACUACCACGAACAAGCCAUCUUCACCGACCCAGACGUGGACGGGAUCGGGAACAUUGCCGGGCAGACCAUCAUCCCGCCCAUCCUCGACGCACUGCAACAGAUCGCCAACGAGAGCAUGCCCUUGAAGUUGCAAUACAUCGGGAUUGCGUACAAGCCGUUCUUGUCAUUGUUCAACAUGACCCAAUCUGGGAUCGACGGGAUGGUCAGCUACGCUUCGGCCCUUGCCAUCGAAGUCAGGAACGGGACGGACGGGAUGACCGUGUCGAUGAACUUCCGAAACGGUAGCGCCAAGACCGACGACAACAUCGGAGCCGACAAUCCAUUCAACCCCGUCCCCCUGUUCGGCCGCGACGAGACCGAGAUCCCCCUCCAGACCUUUAUCGACACACUCAAACCCCACGGAAUCUCCGAGCUGUCCACAUGGUGCACUCGAUGCGGGAACACGAACAGUCGAGGGUGUGAAUUGCUCGGCUCUGACGGAUCGUCGUCCUCGUCGGACUAUGCGAGCAUCACCAGCACGUCGGGAAGGCAACACGUCAGCCCCGUCGUCGCUGGUGUGAUCGGCGCUCUGGUCGGGAUCGUCGUCGCAGGGAUCUUGUUUGCCGCGCUCGGUCUCUGGGGCAACAAGAAGGGGAGAGGAUCUGGGUCGGGAUAUGUUGGAGGCAAGAGGCCGGAAAGGGAGACGUCGUACGCUGGUGACACCAGCUACGAGAUGGAGGAGCCGAGCGAUGGGAGGAAGGGAGGUGUCGAGAUCUAAAGGACAUGCAAAAGGGACAGACAGGAAAAUACGAUAGUUCGUGGGAAAUUGAUGUAUCGACGACUGGCGGACCGACCCCGAAGGCGGUGUACAAGCGGCCACAUGAACGUAAACUAUAAAGGUGUAUCGGUAUAGAUGAUGCGAUUCGACAAAGUCGGACGAUAUGCGGGAUCAGGUCUCGAUCGGACCCGAAAGCGAUCGACCUGUACUUUCGACCUGUGGUCUUGAGGCGUUUGCGUCGUGAUCUACGAUCGGGUUGCAUGCCGAUCUGCUCGUACAUGGCUCAGUCACCCAGUCAACACUUUGGCCAUCCGCU